AUGCCGGCAGUUGGACAUUUGGAGGCGAGAGGAUCCAAAGAUGAACCAACACGUUCAUUGAGUGGUCUCAUCUUGAAGAAUAAUGUAAAAGCACAUUUUCACAACUUUCCCAAUGGAGUAACUGACUUCAUUAAAAGUGAAUGUCUGAACAACAUUGGUGAUUCCUCUCCCUUAAUUAGAGCUACUGUAGGCAUUCUGAUAACAACCAUUGCCUCCAAAGGGGAAUUACAGAAUUGGCCUGAGCUCUUGCCAAAGCUUUGCAGCCUGUUGGAUUCUGAAGAUUACAAUACCUGUGAGGGUGCUUUUGGCGCUCUUCAGAAGAUAUGUGAAGAUUCUGCUGAAAUUUUAGAUAGUGAUGUAUUGGACCGACCACUCAAUAUCAUGAUACCUAAGUUCUUGCAGUUCUUCAAGCACAGCAGUCCAAAAAUAAGGUCUCAUGCUGUUGCAUGCGUCAAUCAAUUUAUCAUCAGCAGAACUCAAGCUCUUAUGUUGCACAUAGAUUCUUUUAUUGAGAAUCUUUUCGCACUGGCUGGUGAUGAGGAGCCUGAAGUACGCAAAAAUGUUUGCCGUGCUCUGGUGAUGUUGUUGGAAGUUCGAAUGGAUCGCCUUCUUCCUCAUAUGAUUAGUAUAGUUGAG